GUGGGGGAGGAGACAUACGCUGCCAUGGCGCUCGUGCUCGGCGCCCUGCGUCUCCUGCUCGGCGUCUUCUUCGCGCUCACCGGGGCUGCUAAGCUCUUGCAGGUCUCGGCCCCCGUGUCACAACAGAUGACAGCCUUGUUCGAGCAGUUUGCUGAGGUGUUUCCAUUGAAGUUGGUCGGCUACCAGCCAGAUCCUAGAAACUACCAAACAGCUGUGGGCUGGCUGGAAGUGCUGGCUGGGUUGCUGCUGGUCGUGGGUCCACCUUCGCUCCAAGUGAUCAGUAACCAGUUCUUGAUCCUGCUCAUGAUGGGGGCCAUCUUCAAUUUGGUGGUUCUGAAAGAGUCGCUGAGGACCUGCAUCCCAGCUGUUGUCUGUUUGGGGCUGCUGCUGCUGCUGGAUACCUGCCAGUUCUUAGCUCGAACUAAGAGGGUGGUCAGACGCCGCCGUAGCAAGAAGAUUCCUGGUGCAGCCUGGAAGUCUGGGAACUGAGUCUUCAUGCAUUUACCACAGCAGGAACAGUCGCACAACAGUGUCUACCACUUUGUUAGGCCCACAUUCAUUCAGUGUAAAAGAGGUACCUUGUCUAGGUCCCAAUCUCCCCUCAUAACUAUGUUGCCCUGUUUUGAGUGGGGUGUUAGCAUUCUUCAUGUCAUGUGAAAACAGGAAAUAAGCAGAAAAGAAACCAAAACCACCCCAAAUUCUAAUACCCCAUACAUAAAUAAUCAUUUCAUUUGGUAUAACUGUACCUGUUGACUUUUUUAUGAUUGUAUACAGAUUAAUUUUUUUUAAUGAAAAUGAGACCGUAUAGCCUGUUUUAUUGUCUGCUGUUAAGAGCCAGUGUUCUGCCAGGCAGUGGUAUCACAUGCUAAUCCCAGCACUCAGGGGCCAGAGGCAGGUGGAUCUCUGUGAGUUUGAGGCCCGCCUGGUCUCCAUAGUGAGUUCGAGGUCAGCCAGGGCUAUACAGAGAAAUCUUGUCUAGAAAAACCAGAAGAAAAAAAGAUCCAGUGUUCUUUAACAUUCCCUUUUACUUUUAUCAAUGUUAGUGGCUUUCAGUACUCUAUUCUAGGAGUGCCUGGAACUGAGAUGAAAAGGUGGCCGAGGUGCUAAGAGCACUUGCUGCUUUUGCAAAGGGACCAGGGUUCAGUUUCCAGAGCCCACAUGACAUCAUCUUCUGGCGUCCUGGAGUACCAGACAUACACAUGGUACACACAGACACACAGAUAUAUAUACACACACAUAUAUCUGUAUAAAUGCGUACCGUGUACAUAUACAUGUAUAUACACACACACAUACACACACAUAUAUAUGAAAGCAAAACACUUAUAAAAUAAAAAUAUUUUUUA